AUGUCAGAAGAAUUAGCAAAUACUGUCUAUCUAGGUGGAAUUCCUGAAGAUGUAACUGUUGAAUAAAUUAAACAUCUAUUUAUAACAUUUGGUGAAAUUAAAUCUGUGGAUCUGCCUAUUGAUAGUGAAACAUGUAUAAAUAAUGAAUAUUAAAAGAAAAGAAUAGAGGAUUUGCAUUUAUAGAAUAUGAAGAUAUUGAAGAUGCUGAAUCUGCAAUAGAUAAUUAUGAUGAAGGUGAAUUGUUUGGAAGAAUAGUUAAAGUAAAACCAGCAAAGCCAUAUAAGCCGAAAUCUUUUUAUACAAAACCUGUAUGGCAUUCUGAAGAUUGGUAAAGAAAAAAUAAUGAAGAGUAUACUUACAAAGAGCGUAUGAGAAGAGAAAAGUAAAAAAAGAGAGAUGAAGAAGAAAGAAAAAAAGAAGAGGAAAAAGCAAAGAAAUAUUAAAAAAAAUAAUGA